CCCUCAUACACCACCAACAACAACAACGCCGCCUUGGCCAUAGCCAGUCCCCUAGGAGACUGCCACCGAAUACUUACUACUCCAUUGCCGUGCGAACACUGUCGGUGGCAGUGUUCCUUUCACCUCCACCCAUCGGCCUCGUGCUCUCCAAAACUCCCAUUUCCGACUCCCUUGCGUCGACGCGACAGACGACUCUCAGGCUUCAUUUUGUUUUGGAUUACGCUAAAGAUUGCACAGAGAGAGAGAGAGAGAGAGAGUUCAAUCUCCGCUGAAGCGGCGAUUUUCUGUAGCUGGUGGCCAUGGCUGACGCUCUUCGGUCGACUCUUUCCCUUGGGUCGCAAUUCAUGCGCACGCUUCGCUCGAUGGUGGACGAGAAUGGUCUUUUCGUGACAGUUAAGUUCGUUUCAACACUAGGAGCGGUGCUUGUGGCAGCGGGAGUCGCAGUCUUCUUCAUCGUGGCGCUCGUCGUCUUCUUCGUCAUGCCUGUUGUGGCUCUUCUCAUCCCUUUGAUUCUCGGAGUCAGUUUAAUCUCGAUGUUGUACCGCAAGUGCUCAAGGUUAUGUCGACCGCCAGGGAGCGACCUUCAGAAUAAUUUCCUGAUUGCUAAGGUCGGGUUUUGGUCUAUAAUGAGCGAGAGGUACGGGACACAUCGGCUUGAAUACUAGGGGUGAAGAAGUUGGCCAUAGCAGGGAUCACAAAAAGCUUGAACGACAAUCUCUGGAAUAAAACUGUAGGAUUCAGCAUGCAUGCUUUCUAAUGCAACGUGCUGAACUCGUUGUUGGGUAGUUGCACUUCCAAACCGUGAUGCUUGGAUGUAAUUUAUUAGUGCAACUCUCAUAGAAGGUCUGUACAGGAGCUUUGCUCCAUGAAAAGGAGGGAUCUUAUAAGUAAUUGCAGUUAAGCUGAAAUACAUUGUCUACACCCA